AUGUUCAUAUUCCACGUGGAUCAAGGUCGCAUGUUGACCUUUAAGACGGAGUGCAUGAUGGAUGACAUUCGGAAGCUGAAGGAGAUAAUAGAACGGAACCAUGCAAUACCGGCCCGAAACAUCGUACUGCUUGUCAGCGGGGGCGUGCUGCUGCACGACGACAGCCGCGCCUGUGAAUAUGCAACUGGCACCGAUACAAAUCCGAUCUAUAUGUUUUGUAAAACGGUCGGAGAGUCGCCGCUACUGUCACCCGGACCUAUCAAAGAGACUGAGGUCGAUCUGGAAGGCCUAGUGAGGAAAAGUCUGGAGCUUCCCAUUUCCUUUCCAACGCUCGCCGCACGUGCACAGCUAGCUCAAAAGAUCUACGAGAUGGGUCGGGAGGAGCUGCGACGUUGUGAGGCGCUCGUACAUGAGCAACAUCUGCAACAGCAGGGCUGGGCGGCAGUUGUUGCAAACAUGGAGGACACAAUCAAAGAGUUUCAGGCAAGGCGCGAGUGUUUUAAUACAUUUUACGAGGAGCAGUUAGAGAUUCACGGGGAGCAGAUGCAAAUUUUGCAAAAUUUUGACAAAAGCCUACAACAGCUGGCAGACAUUCCAAUCCUAUCGCCACUGAUGGAAAAUGCCGAAUCGCGCCCGUACGGCGUGUUUAAUGAGGUGUUUAACCCAAGCAUAACGACAAACAGUGGUACUAGCAGAACGGCUGGUAAUAACAAGCAAUCCGAGCAUGUAGCAGCCGGUGUGAUUGAAUCUUCGAACCAGGCACCGACGGAAGGGAGAACAAGUGACGAUACGGGUAUACAAUUGCCCCAUUUGUCAGAGCCUCAAAACCCAGACGCGGUGGAAAGUGGUGCAGAAACGACAACUGCUGAAGGUGCAACGAAUGAUAUCGUAUUGACGGAGGUGGAACGAGCGAGAGGUAUAUCGCUGCUCGACUGGAUAUCCGAAAAGCAGGGUCAUCUAACGCUAAGGCGUAUGGCCGAGGAAUGUCGUAUCAAUAUCGACAAAUUCAACCGAGCACAACUGAUCAACUUCAAUGAACGCAUUGACAAAGCGGUGAAACAAUCGCAAAGUCAUGAAAUAAAGGUCGUCAAGGGCUUGGAGGAACGAUUACGAGGGCUGGAUGAAUUGCUAGCGAGCGCAAAAAAGCUUCUCGAAGAUCAAAAUGCAAGAGCGCAAGGUAUUUUGAAGAAUCAGGAACGUGCGACCAAAAUCGGUGAUAUGUCAGUCCUUCCCGAUCUGUGUUCGAUGCAUCAGAACACGUUGCAAGUGAUGAAAGGCAACCAUGAAAAUCUUCUGGAAUACCGGCGUCGUUGUACGGUUGCGAAGGAUGAGCUUGGUUUUAACCUAACCAAAAGAGUAAAGUACAUUAUGAACGUGGAAACAAGGGUUCAUGAGCUGGACAGUACCCUGCAGCUUUAUCAUACGUCGCUGCAGCGCUUGCGGAAGCAUCUGAACAUCAUCGAUCAAAUUCAUCUGGUGCCAAGCACAUACGUGAGCGCUGUAACGGAAGUGGUCCGACGGCGCAUGUUUUCUAGCGCAUUUUUAAAGUGGGCUUCCGACUUGGCAUGCCGUCUGAUGGUGAUAUACAACGAGGAGGUAGCAAGACGCGAAGAUUUUGGUAAAAUGUUCGAGGGUCACUUCUUGAGCACACUGUUUCCAGGCAUGAACGAUAUGCCACCGUCCUACGCCAUCCAGGCACCAUCGGUGUUCGAUUCUAGUCUACCAGCGUUGGACAAGCAGGACCUUGUAGAACUGUCCCGCUACCUGCCUGAACUGACGGAAAAGUAUCCGCUACCGAACAUAGCUUCUGUGAUAGGUUUUUUUCAAACUCGAUCGGUAGAGCAUCAGCAACUGCAGCAAAUUGAAAGUAGUAACGCCGAGCAAGACGAUGUCUCGGUUCGAAGCAAAGACAACGCAACUGCAUCCAGUAACGAAAACGUCGAAUCUACGAAUAUGGCCGACCAGCAAACAGGCGUUAAAGAAAGUGAUAAGAUUGGAGCGGAAUCGGAAACCGACACCGACGAUUACGAAAAGGUUCAGAAUCAAAGUCCACUCGGUGGAUGUUCCAGGCAAGAGGAUACACCGAAGAUACCUGUUGCGGUGACGUGCACCGUAGCCACAUGUACCGAACCGAUAGAGACGGUUUGUGCGGAGACACUAACAGAGGAUAAUCUCGGCACGACGCGUCUAGAAGUGGAAAGACUCAAAGGGUUACUCAGCAGUGUUCACCAGCUUUCGCAGGAUUCGAUUAUGAUGUUGCGGGAUCAGUUGGCACGGGUGCGUGUCGAGUCCGAAACCAAUCGCACGCAGUUCCAAUCAGAGUUGAGUGCAGUGGAUCGAGCGUGGAAUGACAUUCAGCAGAUGGCGCGCAAUCGCGAACGAGAAACUAUUCAGCAGCUGACGGUCGAUCACGAACUGGAAAUGAACGACUUACGCAAGAGCGUCCAUCAGAUGGAUGAUGAAAUUCAAUCGCUACGAUCAGACAACAGUACGAUGAAGGCGAGCCACAUCGAAACGGUAUCGAGCUACGAGCAGGAAAAAAAGGUAUUGAAUGAACAGAUUGCCCAAUUGCGCAUGGUUAUCGAACGGCAGGAGAGUCAACUAGCGAAUUCCGAGACAGACCGUAAGCAGGCAAUCCAGGAGGCAAUUGAGCAGUUGGAGCACAAGCACCGAACUGAGAUGGAAACGUUACGUUGCCGGUUCAAGCUAAUGGCAACCAGCAUGGAUCGUUCACCGUCCGACACGAGUCUUGAGAAGAUCGAGAAGCCGGACAUGAUCGACAUUGGGACGCAUGAGCAACUGCUGGCGCAGGUGCGUGAUGAAUUCCAGAGAGACAAAGAACGAGCAGUACGAUCGGCAGUCGAGGAAGAACGACAACGAUGGGAAGCAAAUGCCAUUGGCAGUGGUGGUGUUGCCGUUGGUAGUGCGGGCAGUGCGGGACGGUUGCACCGCUCGUAUGGAGCGGCUGGUUCACCUAGCGGUGGUAGCCAGGACGUGUACAAGCGCAUCCUGGAUGAAAAGGAUCGCCAAUUGGACGAGUUGCGCGAGAAGGAGUCACAACUACUUCGCGAGGUAAUGCGUAUGCGGGAAACGAUUCAAUCUCUUACCGAUCCUGAGUUGAGUCCGCUAAAUGAUCAUAGCUGUCGCGAACAGUUGGAAGUGCUGGAAACUGAACGGCAACAGAUGGCGGAAGAGCUUGUUAAACUGCACGAGGGCAUGAAAAUGCUAGAGCAGGAAAAGGGCGCUUUGUCUCGUGACCUGGAAAAGCAUCGGAAAGACACAUCACAGUUGUUGACAUGCUCCGAAGGAGAUACCGUAACGUAUGUGUGGAAUCCCCUUUAUGCGCAGUAUACCAUUGUGCAGGUGUCAGAUUUCAUCUUCUUCAUGCAUGAAAGCAGCUAUAAGGAACUGGGAAUAAUGACGCCAGUAAAGAAUGAGCUACCGUCAGUUUUGUUUGGUUUUGGGACGGUCAUGCGCAAGGACUUUUGUCAUGCACGCAAGGAUGAUAACCGGUACGGUGUUUCACGGGGUACCCAAUUCUAUCGCGUGAAGCUAAAGGCUGCAAGUGUUACGAAGAAGAGCAAAGGUCGCCCAUGGUCGAGUAGAACUGAGUCAGUUCAACAACCUCCCACGGCUGUGGUGACGAUUGAAAUGCAAUCUAGUGGCAAUACGGCACCGAUCAGCAGCAGUGUUACCGGUAGGUUGAUCGAUUCUUUCGCACAAACGGAACAACCGACGUCAUCUUCGACCACGGCAUUGACGGAGGCCAUGCUGAUCAGAACAUCGAUCGGAGACGGAAGUAAAUCGCCGACCGGUACUAGUCGCGACAUGAUCGAUUCUGGUGUGGUCGAGCAGCAGCGUAGCAGCUAUCGUGAGCGCAACAUUAGCAUCACGGAUGAGGACGAUUUGGUAGCUGGAAUUGGAUCGACCGGUAGCAUCGAUCGUAUCCGCUAUCAGAGCGUCUGUGAGGAGGACGAUCCAGCCGGUGAGGAUGAUACAGAAGGUGGCCUUCCGGAAAGCACCGGCGGUAGCAGCAGUGCGACGGAUUAUCCGUCUUGCUACACAAGCGCCACUUCCAUAAUUGCCAUUCGCACAGCUGCGUUACGCACCAUGACGGGCUCUCAGAUGCGAGGUCCAUCGUCGCUCGUCACAGCCACUUCAGCACCGACCAUCACCACCGACAGUGGUAACAACAGUGAGGCGUCCACUGCCAGCAACACUCAACCGCUUUCCGCCAACAACGACUCACAGCCGGUACAGUCGCUGCUGACGAUCGAAAGUGGCGGUGUCGGGUACGGAUCAAUCGCUGAUGAUGUUAGCGAUUCGGCCGAUUCCGAGUACCGAUCGCUUGAAGGUAACGAUCCGGAGGACAGUGACAGUGCAGCGGCCCCACUGCCUAAAACACAAGACGACCAUAGCGACCAUUAA